AUGGCUCUGCUGGGAACUCAAAGGAGAUUGGUGUCUGCUAACUUAAUUUUGAACUCAAUAUCUCAACCAAAGCAUAGGUUUAUUGCAUGGUUAGCAACUAAAGAGAGAUUACUUACUAAAAGUGGACUAAUCAAGCUCAACAUUCAAGUAGACGAUGCGACAUGCUGUUUAUGUACUUCAUCAGUGAUUGAAACUGCCAAACACUUGUUUGCUGAGUGCUGCUGGUUCAAAACUAUUAGGCAAGCAUUGUUGGAUUGGCUUGGAAUUCAUCUGCUGCAAGGGAAUGUGCAACAAGUCUUUGAUAGUAUUCAAAGGCAACAUUGGAAAUGCUUUCAGAAGAAUAUUGUAGCAGCAGUAUGGGGGGCAUUGAUUUACCACACAUGGAGAGCUCGUAACAGAAGGAUUUUUCAAGGACAAAGUGCACAUACGGAGAGGGUCAUCACUCAGAUAAAGCAAGAACUUUUUGAAUAA